UAAACCAUUUCAAAUUUCGAAAUACCAUCUGCCGACUCCUCUUCCCCCCUCCUAUAUAAACACUCCCUCCUUUCAAACCCUAGUCCUCUUUAUUCAAUUCACUCCUGUCAUAAAAUUUCAUCUAUUAUACACACUAUUUUACAACGGUCUCUGCAAUUUCUUUGAAAAACAAAAAAUGAGAGAGUGCAUCUCGAUCCACAUUGGUCAGGCAGGAAUCCAAGUCGGAAACGCUUGUUGGGAGCUUUACUGCCUCGAACAUGGCAUUAAGCCGGAUGGACAAAUGCCUGGUGACGUAACUGUUGGCGGAGGAGACGACGCCUUCAAUACUUUCUUCAGCGAAACUGGUGCUGGAAAACACGUCCCUCGUGCUGUCUUCGUAGAUCUGGAACCCACUGUCAUUGAUGAAGUGAGAACCGGAACUUAUCGCCAGUUGUUCCAUCCUGAACAACUCAUUAGCGGCAAAGAAGACGCUGCUAACAACUUUGCUAGAGGCCAUUAUACAAUUGGUAAGGAGAUAGUGGAUCUGUGCCUUGAUAGAAUAAGGAAGUUAGCAGACAACUGUACUGGGCUUCAAGGCUUUUUGGUGUUCCAUGCUGUUGGCGGUGGGACUGGUUCAGGGCUUGGUUCUCUGCUUCUGGAGAGACUUUCUGUUGACUACGGAAAGAAAUCCAAGCUUGGAUUUACCAUUUACCCUUCACCUCAAGUCUCUACUGCUGUUGUUGAGCCUUACAACUCCGUGCUCUCCACUCACUCCCUUCUUGAGCACACUGAUGUUGCUAUCCUUUUGGAUAAUGAAGCAAUAUAUGACAUCUGCCGUAAAUCUUUGGACAUUGAAAGGCCUACUUAUACCAAUCUCAACAGGCUCAUCUCUCAGGUUAUCUCAUCGCUGACAGCAUCUCUGCGAUUUGAUGGUGCUCUGAAUGUGGAUGUGAAUGAAUUCCAAACUAACUUGGUUCCAUACCCAAGGAUCCAUUUCAUGCUUUCUUCAUAUGCGCCUGUGAUCUCAGCUGAGAAGGCCUAUCACGAGCAGCUUUCUGUUGCAGAAAUUACUAACACUGCUUUUGAGCCGUCGUCUAUGAUGGUCAAGUGUGACCCGCGUCAUGGAAAGUACAUGGCCUGUUGUUUGAUGUACCGAGGCGAUGUUGUGCCUAAGGAUGUGAAUGCUGCUGUUGCCACAAUUAAGACAAAGAGGACCAUCCAGUUUGUGGAUUGGUGCCCAACUGGAUUCAAGUGCGGUAUUAAUUACCAGCCGCCUACUGUUGUUCCUGGCGGAGACUUGGCGAAAGUUCAGAGGGCUGUUUGUAUGAUUUCAAACUCCACAAGUGUUGCUGAGGUUUUCUCGAGAAUUGACCACAAGUUUGAUUUGAUGUACGCGAAGAGGGCGUUUGUCCACUGGUAUGUGGGUGAGGGUAUGGAGGAAGGAGAGUUCUCUGAGGCUAGGGAAGAUUUGGCUGCUCUUGAGAAAGACUAUGAGGAAGUUGGAUGUGAAUCUGGUGAUGGCGAAGAUGAUGAUGUUGAGGAGUAUUAAUUAGGUUAAUUUCUGUAUGUUUUGUUUGGAUGAUUAUGUAGCCAAUGGUCUCAUUGGUAGCUAAAAUUGGAAUUAGUCCAUAUUCAGUAGGUUGAUGUAAUGAUUAAGCUUUCUUCUGGAUAUGUAGUUUGUUAUUUUCAAUUUCUUAAUCUCCGAGCUUAACAAAAUAUCCAACUAA